AAAUUCGGGCUUGCCAUGCAGCAUAGUCACGUGAUUAGAAAGCGCGCCAAUGCUGAGAGACAAAAACAUCAGAAAUGACAACAGCGCACCAAGACUCUUUAGCAGCAUUUUUUGGACGCAGUCCUUUGAGUGCCGUUCAUCAAGAUGAUAGACCCCAGAGUAGAACUACAGUUUCCCCGGAAGAGCAAAUAAUCCAACAGAGGGGAAGAUUAAGAUCCAGUCCAAGAAGGAAAGCUUUAACUUCCAAUUCUCCUAGAAUAAAAGUCACCGAAAUGGUUGACUUAAUAUCGGACUCUCCAAACGACGCAAGUGGAUGGACACCACUUAGAAAAAAAUCUCAGGUUGAUGGAAUCAAGAGGCGCCUUCAGCUUGAGGAAAGAACCACAAGAGGGGAUGUUGACUGUGAACCACAGGAUGACAGCAUGGACAGAAAUGAAGAAAUUGUUCCUAAAAAAAAGCGGAAAUACACCAAAUCUAAUAAAUCAGAGCCUCCCAAUCUGCACAAGAGGUUAUCAGCACUGAGUUGUGAACAGCUAACAAAACUCAUAGAAAAUCUUGUUGAAAACCAUCCAGAGCUUGAAGCGGAAAUAGCCUUACCUAGUCCAGAUAUCAGCAAUUUGUUAGAAAAUUUGGAACGUUGUAAAAGCAACAUCUUUAAGUCCUUUCCCAAUUCCCGAUGGGGUUCAAGCAGAGAUGCCUUCUGUUACAGACGGGUCAAAACUCAUUUGGACAGCUUCACUAAAUCAUGCAUCGACCAAGGGAAGCAGCUGGAGUCCUUUGAAUCUUGGACAGCAUUGAUAGAAUACAUACUGAAGGCAUGGGAAAUAGUAGACGAGUUACCUCAUUGGGAUAACCCUGACCACAACAAGACUAAAAAUAGAUGCUUCAAGACCCUUGGUGUACAGUGUAAGAAAUCCAUCAGCCACAGUCAUCUUACUCAGUCAGAGUAUAGGGACAUGUUGUCCAGGUUAGAUGAGGCUGUCCAAAUUAAUGAUAAUCUUCUGCCAUGUAUUCAAUUAGUAAAGAAAAAAAUUACAUGAAUGAGAUGGAGUUGAAAGUGUAGUCAGUGCAUGUCAUCAUGUAAAUAUGGAUUUUUAAGUGUUGACUGGAAACGAGAAAAUUCAGCGACUGACAGAUUGAAUGAAAGAUAUGGAAAUUCAGGCAUGGAGUACAAAGGAAUACUCGUUGACGUUUGUCAUUUGGAAACCCAAGAAGAAAUGUUAAAUGGAUACACAAAAAGCAAGAUACUUUGGGUUGAAGGAGAACCAAGAAUAAAAUCAAUUCAUUUCUUAGCUGGAAGCAAAAUAAGUAAUCUGAUUCAAUAGUAAGUGAUCAUCUGGUGUGACCAUCAUUUUAUCCAUUUUCUUCUUUAAACAGAGAAAGCAUAUCUAAAUGACAGAGGCUAAGAAUAGAUUGUAGUUAAUUAAAUGAGCAGUGGAGCAUGUUUACAGUGCUAAUUAAAAUACCUGUACAUCGACUAGUGUUCUUGAAGUGCUGUUAACACUCGCGUUAGUGUACACUGUUUCUUAGUAUCGGGCUUCUUGAGUAGUCUGUUGUUGACAACUGUUAAAACUUGUAUCUCUAAAAAUAUUUAUUGCUUGUUUUGUGACGUAAUUAUUAACUGUUUUACAGUGGAAAAUCAAAUUCUUGAAUACCUAUUGUAUGCACUUUGUUUUGAAUAAAAGAAAUGUUAUAGCCUUGA